AUGGCUGGUUCUUUCAAGACACCAAUGGUGCGCAGAAGGGAUGACGGACUUCAGCUAAGCUAUUCACUUCCUCAUCGCGUCUUCACUUCGAAACCAUAUCCUGUGCUCACCCCGAACGGCUCGUCCAUUUUCGUCUACGGCUACGACAACGGCUUGAGGAUAGUCUGGAGAGGAGGCAGGUCUUUUCUUUCUUCUCCUAUACAAAAGAAUGCACCGAAUACUCGCCGGACGGAGGCCGCGAGCAAACCUCAUAAUAAUGAUGAUUCGAUUAUGAUUAUUGAUUCGGAUGACGAGGAGCCUGCUCCAGCUUCCAGCAACCAAGACAACAUAGAGUACGAAUUCUUCGACGACGAAGAAGUCGAGAUCGAGCCAUCGCGACCGUAUGAGCCUAUCAUUCGACAUGUGGAUAUUCCUCUGGGUACAAGGGUUCUCAAAGUAGCAGUGCCUUCGCUUCUGCCAGAAACAGCACGUUCUUUGGGAUAUACUGUGCCUCCUAUUCUUACGACAUCGAUCGUUCUGUCUGUUGCAUGCGCAGACUCGAAGCUGAGGGUUAUCAGUUUGCCACUGACGCCUCCGCAUCCCAGCACGAAGGCUUCUGAUCUGAAAAUCCAAACAUUGACGUUAGAUGCUACUGUAUCACAUACCGAAAUCCCCAAGGGCGUUUCGAUUACUUUUACCUGCGAGACAGACGAAAAAGACGAGGAUCUUAGCCGAAGCAGGUCACAACAAGUGCCAGCUGCAACUGGACAAUGGAGUUUGUUGGUCGCCACUCAUGCUGCCGAAGCGUCUGGAACAUUACUCGUUUACAGCAUACCCAUUGGACAGGCCGCGAAUGGUUCCUAUACAUUACCGACCAAAAACAUAAAACCACCACAAAAACACCUUCUACCGGCCUCAGCGGGGUCUAUUUCUUUCAACCCUUCUCCAUACCCUUCGGCGCGACACGCGCACCUGCUGGUAUCGGUUCCCGAUGGGUAUGUGAAAAUUCUAGCGUGUACUACAUCCUCAAAGGAGAGUACAGAUAUUAGUGCAGACGAGAAAGCUGGGCGAGAAGGAAAAUGGCUGCUCACGUUAUAUCCCGGGUUUGAGCAGUCGCCAAGUGCUCUGGGUCGAAGGAAGAUGAUUGUCGACGCUGCCUGGGUUCUUUCCGGGAGAGCCAUUAUGGUGCUUCUUUUUGGCGGGGAAUGGGGUGUAUGGGAUAUUGAAGGCGCUGGUCCUGGCUCUGAGCCUGGGCCUCUUGUCGGUCAAUCCAGCAUACACGGCAUAACCGGGGGGGCUUUGACUGCAUUCUCGGUCAGUGGUCGCCUUCUCGGUAGUCCACUAGCAAUAAACAGAUCUCAAAUUGCAGUAAGUGAAAGUCAAUCGGAGCAACGAGGAAAAUUUGCUCCCAUGACUCCGUCAUCACGGCGGGUUCGCGAAGACACAUUGUUCAAGGGCGCUCAGCCUUUAGCUACACCGUCUUCUGAUGGCGAGAUCUCUGUCGUCCAGAUAAAUUCUUCGCGAGCCGCCAUGGCCGAGGAAUCGAUUCUGAUUCGCCACGGAGACCAAAUCGCCACCAUCCCGAGCUUGCUGUCUCUAUGGAAGAAUUCGGUCAAAGCUACAGGCACAUUUGACGCGUCCAACCGUAGUCGCGUUUCGCCUUUGGGAGGAGUAAGUCUGUAUGGUGAGAGACUGACUGGUGUUGCACAUCUGCCCUCGCCCUUCCGAGCAGAAAUCGAUAACGGCGACCGGCAAGAAUACGAAAUACUUAUUGCAGCUGAACAUCGUUUGAUUAUUCUCGGCCGUGAUCUCUCACAAAUAGCAACCUUGACAGCACCGAAACGAGCAGUCGGUCACUUACCCGUGACUCUGCAACCCAGCGCAGAAAGUGAUCAACUCAAGCUCAGUCAAGGACAGCUCGAUGUUGACGGCAUGAGUCGUGUGUUGACCAGUAUGUCAGGUGCUCUGCAGCCUGCUUUGCAACCUACUUUGCAUUCAAAUGGAUUUAAAAGUCCGAUUAAGCGAGCUCGCAUUUUUUCAUAG